AAUAAGAUCAGUGUUAAAAAUAAGCCACAGUCAUACUCGAAACAAGUAGACAUUAGUAUUAAGAACAGAAGUCCUUUGAUUGUUUUGAGUGCGGAGAUUAAAGAAGGUUAACGGUUGCGUAGUAAACAUCACCGUAUAUAAUACGAGAAGCUGGCGAAUAAGAAGUCAACUUCAGCCUCGUAUCUAUUAUUCUGGUUCAGGUAUUAUUAAUAGUCAUCUGAAGCCAGCUGAAUGACUUUUGUUGGGGGGAGGGAAGCGUGAUGAUUUUAUCAGAUUUGGAGAUUGUCUUUGUCGUUGAUGAAGUCAGCUCCAUUAUCAAGGAGUCUGUCGAAGGCGUAAUAGGAGGAAAUGCCUAUCAGCACAGCAGGGUCAACCAGUGGACGACGAAUGUCGUGGAGCAGUGCCUGAGUCAGCUGACAAAGCUGGGCAAGCCUUUCAAGUAUAUUGUGACUUGUAUCAUCAUGCAGAAGAAUGGGGCAGGCCUUCAGACUGCUAGUUCCUGCUUCUGGGAUAACACCACUGAUGGGAGCUGUACCGUGAGAUGGGAGAAUAAAACCAUGUAUUGUAUUGUCAGUGUCUUUGGGCUUGCUAUAUAAAAUUCAACAGUACACACCAAAUUACUGAAACAGUAAAUACUAGUUUACUAGUUUUAUAGAUACUUUAACACUAUUUGUACAUUAUUUCCAUAGAAAAUAACUUUUCAUAGGUGUUUUAAUCUAAAUGUAUGUCACUGUCUAAACUGUCCCAUGUUUUGUGUGAACUGAAUUUCUGAGCUGAAAUGUUGUUUUGUGUAUUAAAUGGAAUAGUAUUCAGAAACCCCUGA